GUCACUGACAGCAUAUCAUUGCGAACAAUAGAUCGGAGUCAAAGUGUGCGGCUCCAAACGAAUUUUUGCGCUAAAUCAUCCCAAAGUGUUUAGCGUUGAGGCAGCUGUGGACAGGAUCACCAACGGCAAGCAUAAGGAAUAUACAUAUAACGAGUGUGUAGCAACGUCUAUUGUGUGCGUAGCAAAGUGUGAAAAAGCAGUUAAGAAUCAUAAAAAGUGCAGUUCGAGUGCGCAAUAUAAACGAUUUCUCGAGAGUGUUUAUUUGUAUGAGGAUUUAUCAAACAACGCUGAAAAUGAGAGUGCUGCUCUUCAUCACGCUAUUGGCCGUAGCGCGCAGCGCACGGCUGGACAACAAAUAUCUCCCUCCACCGGCAAGUGCAGCCAGCGCGGGUGGCGGACCCGGUCUGCAAGGUCCUGGCGGCAGUAAUUUCGGUCUGGGUGGCUUUUCCGGCGCUGGUGGGCCUAGUCGCCCCAUAGGCGGUGGAUUUGGUGGCGGUAGCGCACCCGGUGGUGGUUUCGGUGGUGGCGGUCGUCCUGGUCCCUCAGGACCUGCACAACCUUCCGGUCCACCAAUACCGAUAUUGUCAUUCGUCAAUGAGAAUGACGGCGAUGGCAACUAUCGCUUUAGUUACGAGACCGGCAAUGGCAUUAAGGCAGAAGAGGAGGGUACUGUAAAAAAUAAGGGCUCCGAAAAUGAAAUUGCCUCUGUAAUGGGUUCGUAUUCGUACACAAAUCCGGAGGGUCAACUGGUCGAAAUUUCAUAUCUUGCUGAUGAGAAUGGUUUCCAACCAUCCGGUGAUGCUUUGCCAACACCACCACCGAUUCCUGAAGAGAUCGCUAAGGCUUUGGCGGCACAAGGUAUCUCAGCAGCACCUGGCGGUGGUUAUACCGGCGGACCUGGUACUGGAGCUGGUGCUUACGGCGGCGCAGGUGGUGGCUCUGGAGCAGGCGGUUAUGGUGGUGCUGGACGUGGCGGUACUGGUACUGGUGGUGGAUAUGGUGGCGGACCUGGAGCUGGUGGUGCACCAGGUUUCGGUGGCGGCGCUGGCGGACGUGGUACUGGUGGUGCACCAGGUUUUGGUGGUGGAGCCGGCGGUCGUGGAGCAGGAGGCGCACCAGGUUAUGGAGGUGGUCCAGGUACUGGUGGUGCUCCAGGUUUUGGUGGUGGAGCAGGUGGUCGUGGAGCAGGCGGCGCACCGGGAUAUGGCGGUGGUCCAGGAACGGGUGGAGCACCAGGUUUUGGUGGUGGAGCUGGCGGUCGUGGACCAGGAGGCGCACCAGGUUAUGGAGGUGGUCCAGGUGCUGGUGGUGCUCCAGGUUUCGGUGGUGGAGCAGGUGGAGGUCGUGGAGCAGGAGGUGCACCAGGUUACGGAGGUGGUCCAGGUACUGGUGGUGCUCCAGGUUUUGGUGGUGGAGCAGGUGGUCGUGGAGCAGGCGGCGCACCGGGAUAUGGCGGUGGUCCAGGAACGGGUGGAGCACCAGGCUUUGGCGGUAGUCCCGGAGCUGGCGGCGCACCUGGUUUUGGAGGUGGUGCCGGUGGUCCAGGCGGACGUGGACCCGGCGGACCAGGAGCGGGUGGCUUUGGUGGUGGAGCAGGAGGUGGUCGUGGUGCUGGAGGUGCAGGCGGAGGUGCUGGCGGAUAUAACUAUGGCCCUGGUGGACCAGGUGGUGCUGGAGCUGGAGGAGCGCCUGGCUUUGGUGGUGGUGCAGGCGGUCGCGGCGCUGGAGGCCCUGGUGCUGGUGGACCUGGUGCGGGUGGUGCUCCCGGUUUUGGAGGCGGUGCUGGUGGUCGUGGUGCUGGAAGUUCUGGAGCUGGUGGUUAUGGAGGUGGUCCCGGUGCUGGUGGUGCACCUGGUUUUGGUGGUGGUGCCGGAAGACCUGGAACCGGAGGUGGUGCGCCUGGAUUUGGCGGUGGAGCUGGAGGUCGUGGUACAGGUGGAGCCGGUGGUCAAGGAGGUUAUGGUGGAGGCCCUGGUGGUGGUGGUGCACCCGGUUUUGGCGGCGGUGCUGGUGGUCGUGGUGCUGGAGGUCCUGGAGCUGGUGGUUAUGGCGGUGGUCCAGGUGCCGGUGGUGCUCCUGGUGCAGGUGGGGGUCGUGGAACUGGCGGUGCCGGUGGACAAGGCGGUUAUGGUGGAGGUGCUGGUGCGCCUGGAUUUGGUGGCGGUGCUGGCGGUCGUGGACCAGGUGGUGCUGGCGGUGCACCCGGUUUUGGAGGCGGUGCUGGUGGUCCCGGUGGACGCGGCGGUGGUGGCCCUGGCGCUGGCGCUGGUGGUUUCGGUGGUGGUCGCGGUGGACCUGGCGGACCUGGUGCACAGUACGUUCCACCAGCUACAGGUGGCGCUCCCGGUGGUGGACCAGGUGGUGCUCCCGGACGGCAUGGGAGUGGUGAAUUCAAUCCUCAAACCGGCUAUAAUUACUAAUAUGUCAGAGCUGUUGUCAAACCUCGAGACGAUCGCCCUCCACAAUACGCUAACGCUAUUCCAAAAUACGCUGCCCAUAAUACACCUAAAUACUCAUAAGUGCGCUGUUACUUGAAGUUGCGACAGGAAAUUUAGGUCCUUACCGACCAAAUGUGCCUCUUUAGCGUUAAUUUAUUUUCGCAAGCUAAUACUGCUUUUCUCAAACACUCGUAUGUUCACAUCAUCUGUUAAUUAAAUCCAUCUGCAAUGCACACAUUCUAACUUACUAUUUCCAAACUUGUGUACAUAAAUAUUUGUAUAAACCAUAAUGAUAAUUUGUUUAAGAAAGUGAAUAUUUUUAAAUGGCUAGUGAAGAAGAAGAAGACGAAAGAACUUACCGUUAUCAAAUUGUAAUUUUCUCUGUGAAUGUUAAAGCUAAAUAUUUUAUGUAUAUAAAUAAGUAUAUGUUUGAAGUUUAAUUUCCGUUUCACAUUUGUGUUAACAUAACUUUUGUCUUUCUCUUUUUAAUUAUAAUGCUUUCUAUGUACUCGUAUUUAGGAAAAACAAGAAGUGUAAAUGAACGAAUAAAACCAUGUUCGAAAAAUUAAA